AUGGGCAAAUUCAAAUGGGCUUCCUGGAAGCGCCCCAGCUCGGACUCGCCCGACACGGAGCGAGUCGCAGAAGCAAAGAAGCAGGGCCGUCGACCCUUCUCAAUGUCAAUGGCCUCGCCCGUGAAGAACAAGGAAGAAGCAGUGGAUGGCGAGACGAGACAGUCUGCUUCCACCUCGGAGGUUUCCGAGAGUGUACCGACUCAGUCAACUUCUGAGAUGGUGAAGCUGGCGCGGAAGAUCGUGGCCGAGGCUGAGAAGCUGGAAAAGUACAUGAAAGACAACAACAUCCCCGAGCCGAGCUUUGAUGUCAACGCCCCGAGCGACUUUCCGAAGCUACCGGCAGAUGUGCACGUUAGUCGCCAAGAGAUCAUUCACGCGACGGGACAGUUGAGGGAACUGGCUGUGGGCCCGAGAGAAAGUGUCAGAUGGGGAAUCUGGGGUUUCCUAGACGUGUUAGCCAUCCAGGUUGUCAACAGCUACGGAAUUGCAAAGCUCGUUCCUAUUGAUGGCACAAUCACUCUGUCAGAGCUCCAGUCCAAGAGUUCACUCGAUCCCGUCAACUUAGCCCGCGUCAUCCGCAUGACCAUGACAAACGGUAUCUUCUGUGAACCGUCGCCCGGCGUCAUCGCACACACAGCCGCCUCUCGCGUCCUCGCCGAGGAUCCCAAUCUGCAGGGAUGGGUGGGUUUCAACACCGAAGACAUCUUCCCUGCCGCUGCGCAUGUGCUGCAGGCCCUCAAGAAGUAUCCCGAGGCCACGGACCUGAAGCAGGCAGGCUUCCAGUUUGCGUUUGACACCGUCGACAAAGAGCCGAUGUUCGUGACAUUCGGCAAGGAUCCCGUCCGGGCCAAGAGAAUGGGCCUGGCGAUGACGAGUCUGACGGGCGGAGAGGGCUACGAGGUCUCGUAUCUGACUGAUGUGGAAGGCGGCGGAUAUGACUUCACGGCCAUUGACGAAGCGGGCGGUACGUUCGUCGAUGUCGGUGGUAGUGUGGGUUUUGUGUGCGUUGACCUGGCGAAGAAGUACAAGAAUAUGAAAUUCGUCGUGCAGGAUCUUCCCAAGACCAUCGACAGCAUCUCCAAGCCGAUCCACGAGGAUUCGCAGAUUGCUGAGCGGAUUGAGCUCCAGGCGUAUGAUUUCUUCACGCCGCAGGUAGUGAAGGGUGCCGAUGUCUACUUCUUCCGAUGGAUCAUUCACAACUACUCGACUCCAUUCGCCAUUAAGAUCCUGAAGAAUCUCAUUCCUGCCCUGAAGCCCGGAGCACGGAUCAUCAUCAACGACCAUUGCUUGCGGGAGCCAGGCGCUGAGAAUCCGUGGGAUGAAAAGCUCAUCCGUCGUAUGGAUAUGGUGAUGUUGGCGCUGCUCAAUGCGCAAGAGCGUACUGAGGCAGAGUACCGCGAGCUAUUCAAGGCUGCUAGUGACGGUUUUGUAUUCAAGGGCGUGAUGCGACCAAAAGGCUGCCGCAUGAGCAUUGUCGAGGCAGUUUGGGAGGGCCAGAGUGAGUAA